CGGUCGCGGACGCAGCUCCCGGGCCCCAGCCCUCGGGGCAGGGUUCCCGCCCGCGCGCCCCCUCGGGCCGUCCGGCCGUCGGACCUGCGGCACCCACGCACCCGGGGCGCACGCACCUGGGCGCAGGGCGGCCCCCUCGCCGAAGCCCCCUUCCCAGCUCCCCACCAUGGCCCGGGGCGGCGGCCAGAGCUGGAGCUCCGGGGAGUCAGACGGGCAGCCGGAGGAGCCGCCGGCCGAGGAGCCGGGAGCCAAGAUGGUGAAGGAGACGCAGUACUACGACAUCCUGGGGGUGAAGCCCAGCGCGUCCCCCGAGGAGAUCAAGAAGGCCUACCGGAAGCUGGCGCUCAAGUACCACCCGGACAAGAACCCGGAUGAGGGCGAGAAGUUUAAGCUUAUAUCCCAGGCAUAUGAAGUGCUUUCAGAUCCAAAGAAAAGGGACAUUUAUGACCAGGGUGGUGAACAGGCGAUUAAGGAAGGAGGCUCAGGCAGCCCCAGCUUCUCUUCGCCCAUGGACAUCUUUGACAUGUUCUUUGGUGGUGGGGGACGGAUGGCUAGAGAGAGAAGAGGCAAGAACGUCGUACAUCAGUUGUCUGUAACUCUGGAAGAUUUGUAUAAUGGAGUGACAAAGAAGUUGGCCCUCCAGAAAAAUGUAAUUUGUGAGAAAUGUGAAGGUGUUGGCGGGAAGAAGGGGUCCGUGGAGAAGUGCCCUCUGUGCAAGGGCCGCGGGAUGCAGAUCCACAUCCAGCAGAUCGGGCCGGGCAUGGUACAGCAGAUCCAGACCGUGUGCAUUGAAUGCAAGGGCCAGGGCGAGCGUAUCAACCCCAAGGACCGCUGUGAGAGCUGCAGCGGUGCCAAGGUGAUCCGAGAGAAGAAGAUUAUCGAGGUACACGUCGAGAAAGGUAUGAAAGAUGGGCAAAAGAUACUGUUUCAUGGAGAAGGAGAUCAGGAGCCUGAGCUGGAGCCUGGCGAUGUCAUAAUUGUACUUGAUCAGAAGGAUCAUAGUGUCUUUCAGAGGCGAGGCCACGACCUGAUCAUGAAAAUGAAAAUUCAGCUUUCUGAAGCCCUCUGUGGCUUCAAGAAGACGAUAAAAACGCUGGACGACCGAAUCCUCGUUAUUACAUCCAAGUCAGGCGAGGUGAUAAAGCACGGGGACCUGAGGUGUGUGCGUAAUGAAGGGAUGCCCAUCUACAAAGCGCCCCUGGAGAAGGGGACUCUGAUCAUCCAGUUUCUAGUCAUCUUCCCUGAGAAACACUGGCUUCCUCAAGACAAGCUUCCUCAGCUGGAGGCCCUGCUGCCCCCACGGCAGAAGGUCAGGGUCACAGAUGACAUGGACCAGGUGGAGCUGAAGGAGUUCAACCCCAGCGAGCAGAACUGGCGUCAGCACAGGGAGGCCUACGAGGAGGAUGAGGACGGGCCACGUGCUGGGGUGCAGUGCCAGACAGCGUGAGGGACCAGACAGCUGGACUAGCGUGCCCUGCGCAUAAAGUUGGCACAAUGAAAAUGGCAUCGCCUAGUGGGCUCGUGUCUGGGGUGUCCUGUGUGUGUGUUCAGCCUUCUCAGUUGCUGAGUCGUCUUGUUUUUUUUUUUUCUUUUGGUUGUCACUUAAGUUACAGCUUUAUAUUUAAAUGUUUCAAGUGUAAAUCACCUCUAGUCUGCAUAUGGAAUGUUUAUUUACAUUUUCAGGAUACUUUUGAAGCGCCAGUGGCUUCGCCAUAACCACCAGGGCAGCUGUUUGUAGACCCCUAGGCUCGGCCUCCGGCACGGAUGGCUUCCCUGCCCCCCUCCCGGGGCUGCUGCUGGGAUGGUCCUGAAUCUAGAUUCUUCAUGAACCUCCCCCAAGACAAAAGCACAGCUGUGGCCUGCACUUGGUCCACAUAAAAUGGGGGGCGGGGGGGGGGGAGUAUGAUCAUCUGUCCUGGAAGCUUCCAGGCCUUGUGGGGGGAGGAUAAUCCAGUGUUGUCUACGAAGCGCUGACCCCACACCUUCUCCUCUGUGGUUGUGAUGACUUUCUGUUGGCAGCCUUUGCACUGCUCUCCCACCAAAGUGCUUACCGUAAAGACAAGGACACCCCCAAGUGCUCCAUAGCCUCAGGGCAGCAAUGGAAGCCGCAGGAGCAGCCUGGUCUGGGAAGGCACCCCCUCCCAGAUCUGGCUCCCUUUGACAGAUGGUUCCUCUGGCUACAUGGCCAUGGAACAAAGGGCUUCUUGCUGAGGGGAUGUGGUUCUGGUGAGCACACUGCCUAGCCAAUGCUGUGCACUGUGGUACGGGCUGCCUGCCCAGAUGGACGGUCCUCACCGCUUUACUCCCAGCAAGUGGCCACAGCUCAUGUGUAGGGUCAUCAUAGCCCUUAGCCGUCACUGGUACCUUCCUUCCCACUGCAGUUGGGAGAAGCUGCUGGGCUACAGAAGGGGUCACUCGUCAGACCUGCCCUCUCUUGGUUCUGCAGAACCUGCAAGUUUGAUGCAGACCAGGGCCACCCACAGUAGGGCUGAGGGGCCCCACAGGCCCACACUCAGGGUGAGCCAGCUCGCGGGACCAGGCUCCAGCAGGACUGUGUGGGCAGGCAGGCACCACUUGCUCAGAAUAGGUAACCCCCAGUGCCUGCUGUUCAGGACAGCCCUAAAACCUACUCUUCCAACCAAGCCUGUGUGCAAACCCAUUUACAAAUGGGACCAUAGCUCCAGGGUGUCCUGUCUAUACCACAACUUCCUGAUCACCGCCGCACAGCUACUGCUGACGGGGUGGCAUUACCUUCAGCUCCUUCCUGGUGGCAGGAAUGGGAUUUGGAGGAUGUUUCUUAAAACUGACUCCACCUGUAUCUUUGUCACCUCAGAAUUAAAAUUGAGCUGGUCUGAGAAGAA